AUGCGUACCACCUUUUUCAUCGUCGCAUCGCUCGCCGUGCUCAGCACGCUUAGCUUCAACAUCCAAGAGACCGAAGCUAGGUCGCUGAGCAAUAGGCACGCAAAUCACAAUCUCGUCGGCAUUGUCCACGCACCUCAGCGCCGAGGAAAGGUUUGCAAGAACCACGCCGUCAAGCGACCCUCCUCCGGCACUUACUGGCGGAACCCUCACAAGGCUGGAACCUCGUCUAGCACCAAGCCUGCAUCAUCUGCCGCCAAAGCUGCCUCUACAGCUUCGUCGGAAGCUGCAAGCACGAGCACACGUGCGGUUACUGCUACCACCCCUUCCUCGACUUCAUCGUCUUCGCGCCCCUCCACUACCACCGCUUCUUCGUCCUCCGGCGCGAUGUCGGGCGCACCAUCCUUGUACGCCGGUGCUGCACCACCGAACUCUCCCUGGGGUAGCUGCUUCGACCUCACCGCCACCGCUUUCCAGCCUAACUGGAAAGGUGAAGCCACCACUACGUGGUGCGGCGUCGAAUUUGACAAGACUUCUCCCAUCAUUGCUCUUCCUCUCGCCCAGUUGUCUAAAGCCUACGGUUUCAGUGGAUCUGUCACCUAUUAUUCCCACGAACCUCUGUGGCGCAAGAUGAUCGCCGACUGGUGUGGUCGUGAGGUGGUCAUCCAAGGUCCUGCUGGAAGCUUCAAAGCCUACUUCGGUGACGCUAACGAGUGGACUUCCGUUGACGUCAACAUGAACUUGUUCACCAAGUUGAAGGGAGUUCCUACUGGAAGCUACGUCGACCCCAACGCUGCGGGAUGGAUGAAUGGUGUCAAGGGCUGCUUCACUGGUCACAAUGUUGCCCUCAAGAACGGAUACCCUCUCAACUACAACUAA